AACUAUUUAAUAAACCGUAAGUUAGCGCGAUCGUCAUUCGGUGGCGAAAAAAGCUCGGACAAACAACAAGUGGGCCAAAAACGCUAACGCUGAAGACAAGCAAAAGCGGCAAAACGGAGCUAAUAAAGUGAUCGAAGUUCAGUGGCAAAGGAAAAAACAAGUGAACAAAACAAGACAAAAACAAAACGCAAGAAUAUUUUAGCCAAAUUAAAAUCAGUGUGUGCCACUCGCUGCGCUGCGGCUAUUUGCAAAUUGCUUGCCGCAACUCCAGAAACCAUCCUUAUCCGCACCAUGGCUGCUCCAACGGGUCCUACCACCAAUCACAAAAUAAACGGAAACGGUGAAAUCUACUGCUAUGGCGACCUUUUGAAUACCAUUCAAAUGGCCAAGCUGUUUGAGGACUCAAAGACAUUUGUGGACAUGAAACUGAAGCAGACGCCGGCCAAGACCCUCGCGGACUUUGAGUUGUUGAUGGAGGCCAAGAACCGGACACCCAGCCGCGAGGAUCUGCAGAAGUUUGUGGAUGAUUACUUCAGCCCGAAGGGCACGGAGCUGGAAAUUUGGACACCGACAGACUGGAAGGCGAAUCCCGCUUUUCUUGAUCUGAUCAGCGAUCCAGACCUGAAGCAAUGGGGCCAGGAGCUGAACAAUAUCUGGAAGGAUCUGGGACGCAAGAUGAACGAAGAUGUGAUGAAGAAUCCCGAGUACUACUCGAUCAUCCCAGUGCCGAAUCCAGUGAUCAUUCCGGGAGGCCGCUUCAUAGAAUUCUAUUACUGGGACUCGUACUGGAUCAUCCGCGGACUGCUUCACAGCGAGAUGCAAGACACGGCCCGUGGCAUGAUCGAGAACUUCAUGUCCAUUGUGCAGAGGAUCGGCUUCAUUCCGAAUGGCGGACGAGUCUACUACUGGGGCCGCUCCCAGCCCCCGCUGCUGACCGGCAUGGUCAAGUCGUACGUGGACUUCACCAAGGACGAUCUGUUCGCCAUCAACGCCCUGGAGGUGCUUGAGCACGAGUUCGAGUACUUUGUGAACAAUCACUCGGUCCAGGUCAAGGGUCACAAUCUGGCCGUCUACCGCGACUCGUCGACCGGUCCGCGGCCCGAGUCCUACCGCGAGGAUGUGGAGACUGCAGAGAACUUCGACACGCCCGAGGCCAAGGAGGAUCACUACAGCGAGCUCAAGUCCGCCGCCGAGUCUGGCAUGGACUUCAGCUCCCGUUGGUUCAUCAAUGAGAAUGGCACCAAUGUCGGUAAUCUCAGCCACCUGCGAACACGCUCCAUUGUACCCGUGGACCUGAAUGCAAUCCUCUACUGGAACGCCAAGCUGAUAGCCGAGUUCCACGCAAAGGCCGGCAACGUGGACAAGAUGACCGAGUACGAGAAGAAGGCCCAGACACUCGUGCAGGGCAUCCAGGAUGUUCUGUGGAACGAGGAGGCAGGCUGCUGGUUGGACUACGACAUGAUCAAUGAGAAGCCACGCGACUACUUCGUGCCCAGCAAUCUAGCGCCUCUGUUUGUGAAGGCGUACAACAUCUCCGAUACGGAGAAGAUCUCGGCCUCGGUGCUGAGCUAUAUUGAGAAGAACAAUCUGGACACAUUCCCGGGCGAAGUGCCUAACACGCUCUACCACACCGGCGAGCAGUGGGACUUCCCCAAUGUGUGGGCGCCCAUGCAGUAUAUCGUGGUCGAGGGACUGGCCAAUCUGAACACACCCGCGGCCAAGGAGCUCUCCAAGAAGUGGGCCCUUCGCUGGGUGAAGUCCAACUUCAAGGCCUACACCGACAGCUUCCACAUGUACGAGAAGUACAAUGCUGAGGAGUUUGGCGGCCAUGGCGGUGGCGGUGAAUACGGAGUUCAGACAGGAUUCGGCUGGUCCAAUAGCGUGAUCAUUGAGUGGUUGUGCAAGCACGGAGCCGAACUUUCGGAGGGCUAUGUCGGCGGUGGAGCAGCUACCUCUCGCCUAUUCAGUGUUGUGGGCGUGGCAGCUGUAACCAUAGUGGCUCUGAUAGCAGGUCGUGUUCUAUGGUGAGAGACAUAUUACUAUGUGCCAAAAACAAACUCGUAAUUGCUUCCCCAACGAAAAUGUGAUUCCUCCGUACCCGUACUGUGUGUGUGUAUAUUGUCCGUAAUUGUGGUUUUUGUCGUCUGUGCCGUCGUCGGAAUGCGCGGAGAUUGCAGUAUUAGAUUUUGUCACUAUUUGUUAGUAGAAGUGAGAUUUGUUUGUACAUACGGAAUUUAUAUGGGCAUGCCCUAAAUUGUUAUUAAUUAUAAAUAUUUAGUGAAUAUGUAUACCCAAAACCAAUCCUAGCUCCUUGAAACCAAAUGAAGACACACAAAAUACAAAAAAUGUUAACAAAUUGGCAAUUUUUGCUUGGAUUCUUUGAAUAAACAAGAACACAACACAAAUAA